AUAUUGUUACUUACAAGUGUCAUUACAGGUUCAAUUUUUCCUCUUUACCACGAAUGACACCGAUAUUGCAUAUAAUUUAGAAAGUAAUGUUUCGGAUAUUGACUUAUCCGGGUACAGUGCUAGUGAUAGAACGAUUUUCCUCAUUCAUGGUUUCACAGGGAGCUCAAGAGAUAACUGGAUAAUGACGGCUAAGGACGCUAUCCUUUCAGUGGAGAACGCCAAUGUUGUGUUAGUGGACUGGGAAAAGGGGGCUGACAAUCUACUAGACUAUAAUCAGGCGGCAGCAAACUGUCGUGUUGUUGGGGCUAUCAUUGCACGACUGAUGACGUCACUUCACACGUCAACAGGAGCUAGUUUUGGAAAUAUGUAUGUUAUAGGACACAGUUUAGGCGCUCAUAUAGCCGGGUAUGCCGGUGAAAAGAUCAACUCACUGGGAAGGAUCACGGGUUUAGAUCCGGCUUACCUGUCGUUCAGCAAGAAGAAUCCUGCAAUACGUUUAGAUUCAUCUGACGCCGAGUACGUUGACGUCAUACACACCGACGGAAAACGAUGGUUAACGGGACUAGGUAUCGCAGAUAGACUUGGACAUGCAGACUUCUUUCCAAAUGGUGGUUUUGAUCAACCUGGUUGUCCUUCCUUUUUUGGAUACAGUACAUGCGACCAUUCCCGGGCCAGAUCAUAUUUUGUUGAGUCCAUCAAUUCUACCUGUCGUUUCAAUGCCAUACCAUGUCGUAACUGGGGCCGAUUCAAGCGUGGUAAAUGUUCGUGCGACACCAAUUGUGCCGUGAUGGGUUUCUCAAAGAAUAACACCAAGUUCAGCGGAAAGUUUUAUCUUAAAACGAGAAAACAAAGACCUUUCUGCAAAGAAUAAAUCAGACCCUUUUGUUUUGUUCAUAAUGGGGGAAUUAUUUGAUUUAUAUUAAAUCAUGGGAUUAAAAUGUACAAAUAUAUAACAAGAGUUUAUUAGUACUGAUUUUUCAGUUUUCAGGCAUUCCUCAAAUCACACUUUAACGUUAUAAAACCAAUUGAGAUAAUUAGCUAAAUAUUUGGUUUCAAGCACUACUAUUAUUUCGAACACACAACCAUGCUCGCUAGCUGAUAAGACAGAUUCUUUAUCAGCACUAACAUUUCUCCUACAAGUAAAUAUCAGCUUCUCAAAGGGAAAACAUCACAUGUAUGAAAUGUAUGCAAUAAGUGGGAAAAUAAAUAUCCAUGGUUAAAUUGUUAUAGUGUGAUAUUUGUGGAAAAAUGGAAAGUUACUUUUUCACGAAAUAUCCCAUCAUCAAGA